AUCACAAAUUUUAGUAGGGCCGACUCCGACUACACUCCUGCUUUUAGCAUGUUGAUCUGUUAAUUAGCCUACACGCUUCGUAGUUCUCUCUAUUCCUUUUUCUCGAACUGGAUGAUCAGGUAGAUAGAAAAUGUAUUAAUUUACCCUUAUGGAUCUAUCAAUCUUCCGAUUGGAUCUGACAUUUAACUGUGUAAGUCGAGAUGAUUAUCUUCAAGUUGUUAGGUUCUCAAAUAAAUAUGAAAUCGGCUUGCUUCGAGCUGGACAUUCACAAAGUUAUUCUUCAGACUUUAUAAAUUCGACAUGAUAGAUUUGUAUCAUCCAUAAAAGGUUUGAAUUGUUAACUCAUGAGUAUUGAUGCUAUUCUUGUAUUGUGGGAGCAUUGAAUCAUUUCCUUUCGAUGCAGAGAAUAAAGGGUUUAGAGUCUUUAGAACAAAUCAAUAGUAUUAUAAGUAUCUAUAGCAAUUGAAAAAGGUGCGGCUCUAGUUCAAGAAGUCCUGUAUCCACACAUGCAUGGGGCCUGGCCAUGGCAUGCUUUUCCAGCCUUCUGUAAUCAGUUCAGUCGUACGUUGUCAUAAGUAUUGGAGGGCACGGAAUUCAAUAUCAAAAAGCUCUUUUCCAUCGAAAUGGCAACUGGUGUUGGAAAGGGAAAGAUGGUGACCGUGUUGAGCAUUGAUGGAGGUGGCAUCAGAGGGAUAAUUCCAGGCACCCUCCUCUCCUUUCUUGAAUCUAAGCUUCAGGAAUUGGACGGGCCCAGAGCAAGAAUUGCAGACUAUUUCGACAUAAUUGCGGGAACAAGUACAGGUGGGCUGGUCACCACCAUGCUUUCGGCACCCAACAAGGAAAGCCGUCCCCUCUAUGCUGCAAAGGACAUCAACAACUUCUAUUUAGAGCACUCCCCAAAGAUUUUCCCCCAGAGCCGCCAGAAAAGCCUUGUGAGUUCAAUGACUGGCUUGAUCGGUUCGGUGAUGGGGCCUAAGUAUGACGGGAAGUACCUGAGAUCAUUGACAAACGGGCUACUAGGCAAUCUAACACUCAAACAGACCCUAACAAACGUGAUCAUACCUGCAUUCGACAUCAAGCUCCUUCAGCCAGUUGUCUUUUCUACCAACGAUGCAAAACUGAAUGAUUUGAAGAACGCUAAGCUAGCAGAUAUUUGCAUCAGCACCUCUGCAGCACCCACUUUUCUUCCAGCACAUCACUUUGAGACAAAGAAUGCCGAGGGAAAGACUAGGAGUUUCCAUCUCAUUGAUGGAGGGGUUGCUGCAAAUAAUCCUACUAUGAUGGCCAUAAGCCAGAUAUUGAAAGAAAUAUUAAUGCAACACACCGAGUUAAGUGACAUGAAAGCAAUGGACUGCAGCAACAGAAUGCUAGUUCUAUCAUUGGGCACGGGUGCGGCCAAACACGAAGAGAAGUAUACUGCAGCCAGAGUCUCCAAAUGGGGUUUGCUUAACUGGUUGUAUGACAAUGGUGCCACACCGUUGCUUGAUGUAUAUGGCGAUGCAAGCUCUGAUAUGGUUGAUUUCCACGUGUCCACCCUCUUCCGAUCCCUGGGUCGUAAGAGCAACUACCUUCGUAUUCAGGAUGACAAUUUGAUUGGAGAUGAAUCGGCUCUUGACCUUGCAACCAUGGAGAAUAUGCGAAGACUCGUGGAAAUUGGGAAGGAGCUAUUGAAGAAGCCAGUGUCAAGAGUGAAUUUGGAUACUGGCAGGUUUGAGGAAAUUAAGAACGAGGGUACUAAUGAAGAAGCACUUGUCUACUUUGCCAAGCAGCUUGUCGAGGAAAAGAAACUCAGAGAAAGCAAUGAAACUCCCUAAUCAGGAAUAUCAUUUAAACAGUCUUGGAUUGAUUCAAACCUCCAUUACUGUAUAAUGUCUUGUCCUAGUCUUCCUAUAACAAAAGCUUCAGGGUCAUGGGUUUUUCUUUUCGGAUUAACUGGAAGCAGUAUCCAACAAAAUAGUGAGAUUAAAAAAAAAAUUAUCUCAAACAGUCAACUGAAUAGAAAGUUAUGGUCUUCCAAA